UUCACAAAUCAUCACGCGUCACUGAAGUAAAAAAGCCUCGAAACAAAGAACGUUCCAUCCAUUCGAUAAAGGUAAGACAUUCUCUUUAAUACUACCCUGACUAUAAGUUAUUUCCAAGUUGAAACACCUUCGUAUAGAAUUUUUGUUCCGAUAUCUUCGAGGUGCGUUUGAGAAGGUGAAAUCGAGGAAAGCGAAUGUCACGACUGAGCUGGGUGAUAUUGUGAGCGCAGCUCAGUUCGAAAGUUCUCAAAAGUAACUCGGUUUUACUUUAACGAAACGUGUUACAACAAUAGAACAAUUGAUAUUUCAACUAUCCGGCAACUAAAGAUAACAACAGCAGCUACGCGAUCUCGGAAGCGCUUUAUCAAGGUCACGUUCAAAGUUUCCUGAAGUUUUAAAGCCAGAGAUAAAAGAGACAGUCAAACAGUUUCUCCCUCAAAAAAAAAUUACUUUUAUGCAACUUGGAUGAUCACUAACAUGAUGACACGCUUCGAUGUUGUAUCACUCAGAAGUUAGACGAGCUGUGUAGACUCACGAUUACACAUGUAGAAAGGCGCGGUUGAAGACAUUUCAUGUGAAUAGUCACACUUAGUCGAGAGGUUUCUUUUUCUAAUUGCACCAUAAGACCUGAGGAUCUACAGAUAAUGGUAUCUUAGUCAACUUGUACAACAAACUAAAACUGAACCACAGGAAAGUACUACAAACUGGUAAAGCUUAUUCCAGGAUUGUCACACUUAAGGACUGCCAUGUUUGAAGUCAAUAAUUAGAUCUCCUUUGUGUCGGCAUAAUAAGUAUCGCCACCAUAAAGUACUGCUCAAUGGCUUUUAUUUCAAUGAAUGAUCACACUUUACGAUAAUAGGCACAGAAUGAAAAGUUAUAACCGCUUUGUAAGCAUAUUAAACGCAUUCACCGCGCGAAAGUGCAGCCCCUGAUCGGUAUAGCUUUUAUUUCAAGCCCCAAUGACACUUUAGAACCCCGUCUACAAGACUGAAGUUGUGUCUACCUUGCACAGCAUAAUAACCACACAUACAAAAGCACCGCACAGAGACUAUCUUUAAAUGUUCUUCCCGAAUAAUGCAGUACCUCCGAAGAAUUAAAGAAACAAAAACAAAGUUAUCCUUUUCAAGGAGUACAGCUCAGGAGCUCAGUGUCUCAGAUCAGUCACUGGUUUUUGGAAUCAAUGAUCCAUCCUAACACUGUAGGUAAAACUGUGAAUUCGUGAAGCAUAACCAUCAGCGUAUUAUUAUUACUUUUUCAUUAACUUGAAAUUUCAUUUAGACUCGAAAGCAGAAACAAGUUAUUUUUUUAAUAUACGAAGCCGAUGACGCAACUGCGGUCGAGUAACGUAAAAGUUUGAAACAGAGUUCGAGAAGAUUCCGCUAAAGUUGGUUUUACAUAAGUACCUAGAAACUCGAGUGGAUAAGUGUUCAUAACGACAUGAGGUCUGUCAAGAAUAAAUUAAUUACCAUUAUACGUGAUCAAACAGGGCACUCUUUUGUCUUUAUAAGAGCCUUUUGCGUAAUGUCUCGCUCAUGAAAAAACUUCAAUAGAAGCCGGCUCCUGUAAGCGCUGAACAGCCCUUCACAUUCACUAGAGCGUCCUAUAUCCCUUUUGACGCCCGGUUAAUAAGUGCUUUGUCAUAACGCAGGCCUGAACUCUUAAUUUUCUUUGGGCUUAAAACACAGCCUUAUUGUAGCCUGCUCGAUGAACCCUGAUGCAUGAACAAAGCAGACAACUAACAAUCCUAUUUACUCGAAUAACAGCCGCAGCGCGUAUUGUUCGACUUGUGGGUGUGGCGCUCAUUCAAAACGGUUUGUUUGUGAAUAACUCAGUUCUUCGUCAAGAAAUCUUCCUUCCUUUUACGUUGUUUUGCAAAAGAGCGAUAACAACAGGUAAGAAAGUGGCGAAAGUAAGUUUUAAAGGUCUGAAUCCUAUUCCAGUUAUUCAUACCAUUAACAUGAACAAUUGUCAAAAUAACAAUAAACCUUAUUAGAGCUGCAUUACCGUAAUGCGUAGUGUAGUGUAGGAGGGAGUGGCGCUCGUUUACUCUGAGUGAGGCGCUUAUUUGGGGCAGACACUCCUUCGGUAUUCACUAGGAAAAAACAAAUGCGCUCGACAUAUGAACUUAUUAGUGAGUUUACGCAACAGGACGGCUGAAAGAAGAGGAUGGCAAAACGUUUGUGGGUGACAAACGUGACACGGCCAUCACUUGCGUAUUCUGUCGUGAUUUUUCACUUAACAUGAAUAUUUUACAAAACGAUCUGCUUAAGGAAGGUGAAGUUCGGCGAUAAAGUAUUUGGAACCUUUAUUGUCACGCUUGUCACACAAGGUUUGCCGUCUUCUUUACUCUCCCGUCCUGUUGCGUAACUUCACGAUAAGGGCCAGAAAGACGUAAAUGUGUAACAUGGAACCUUUUUUCCCCACUGGAGAGUGCAAAACAGGCGAUUUUUUUUUACCCUUGAAAGACAAACGGAAAGAGAAAGCGAGAGACCAAAAACUCGAACAAACGCCUGAAGAGACAGGUUAUCAUUGUACAAAGGCAAAACCAUUCCCAUUCAAUUCAACAAGAAUCAAGCCAGCAAGUGAAAACUGAAUGAAACGGCGCAGGCAAUCGGAUGAACCAAUCAGAACUCCAGGCAAAUGCUUCAUUGUAUCUAGCGGGUAGCGCGGGAAAGAAAACACGUGCUAGCAGCCAUUCUUUUGGUUUAGCUUUCCCAGCAAUAGCAAAAAUGCGUGGCGGCAAUGUUAAGUUAAGGCAAUAAAGAUUUAACCUUCCGCUUUGGAAGGCUGAUAGGGGAAAUCAAGCACUUUAUCUUCUGCCACGCAGGCCGUGAAGGCAGACUGGCGGGUGUUUCAUGGUUUUCACUUGCGAUACAAGCGUAAGGAUAUGAGUUCUUGUGUAAACGGCCUGCAUGCAAACAUCAAUAUUAUGCUCUUGCUCUAAUGUUCCGCAAAGUUUGCAUGCGCUUCCGAUGGUGUUCGUUUAUACUUCGGUGAUAAAACAUGAACGGCUGACUUUUGCUUCAGGCUGCGUUGAACAUCCGUCGUAGCUAGCUAGUGAAAACCAGGCUUCAAACCACCGUACAUUAACUUUUAAUGACCAUCAUUCACGUCUAUAAGAAGUACAUAGUAAAAAGCGGUACUGCGGACGUUUAUCCACUCUAGAAACACCUUUAAUAUACAACAUGAACAGUCUGAUUACAGAAGACAUUGGCCACUGGAUUUCAUUUGAAUGAUCAAGCUUGGGGAUAUUAAAACCAUGCAUCUCCGAGAUCGCACUCUGAAACGAAAAUAACCAUGCCUUUUUACGGACGUGAGAACUUUGAUUGUACACACAGGCGUCAACUGACGCUUCACGAGUUGAAAACUUUAUUCGCGUUGAUUACCUUCUGCAGCUUACUUCAUGCUUAAAGCUACUGACCGCCUGGUUAGAGUUAAGGUUGGUUAUUCAAACGAAGCCUGUCUCUUACGCAGUGGUUUUUUUUAGUACGAAAUCAUUGGACCUCCAAUCUCUUUCUUAGAGGUUUGACUUCAGGAAAUAAGUGCUUCCCCAGUCUACGCUAUAUGCUUUAUUGAACUCCUGGCAAACUGAAAAUGGCUUAAAACGCGAUUUUGUUAAACACGGGCUAAACUCCGUUCAAUCAACUGGCCCUUACAGUUUUCAUUGCAAAGUUUACAGUGAUAAAUGCUUUUUUGCCUUAUGAUUUCAUUUUUACAACGUCAUAUUACUUAUCACGUCAACUGAUUAGAUGGUAGAAUUAUUAACACUCAGUAUGUAAAUCACAAGAGGUUUGAGGUUUUCAACCAAGCGCUCCUCGUGAAAUUGUUUUGAUCAAAAUGUGGUCAUCUUUCCGCUUUUCUCCUUUCCGUGUUUCGCGCCUCACACAUGUUCCUUUGUUCUUCUUAUAAAAAAGCGAUAGUUUUCUUUACGUCACUCAUAAACAAACUGAAAAACAAAGGCUCGUUCAUACCUGUACAAAAGAGUUCAUUUAAAAAAGUUCCGUAACCAAAGCUUUCUUAACAAAACCAACACGAUCUUCCACUCCUCUGUGACAGAUCAUAUUAUAAAUGAUGUCUUCGCGAGUCUUUGUUAACUACAAUACAAACACGGCUUUCACACAUUCAUGGAUAAUGAAGUGUUCUACCCAGACAAAGACAAGCUAAUGUCUUUAGAAAUCCCCACAGACUGAACUCGUAACUUUCUUCCCUGUCGUUCGUCAGACAAUGAACUUAAUAACAAAUUGACCUUGUGUUCACAUAUUAAUACAGCAGGCCUGUUAUUUUACCAUGGGCUAGGGAGGGGGAGGGUAAAUCAGUGAUUGCUGCCCUUUAAUUUGCUUUAGUUGAAAAUUAUACAUUUAGAGUUUUCUAACCACUAAAUCUUGGUUCUUACUUCGGAUUGGAAAAGUUAAGGAUUUCAGAAAUCCAGUGUCAAGUGAAAGUCGCUUGAAAUAUCACGCACGCAGUUUGUUUGCACCCUAGCUUACGCCGUCAAACCGGCAGUAAGACGCGUGUUUAAUGACGGACUGCGCGAGUAUGGAUGGAUGCGGCAAAGACAGUAAAGGCUUUAAUUUUGAUAUUAGAUACCUCCUACUAAAGGUGGCCCUUAAGCUAUUUAAGUGUUUAAGUGACACGACAACGUGAAACAAAAGAACCGGGCAGGAGGAACACGUUGUGCGGUUUAUGUUGUUUAAACAAGGCGAAUGCGAUAUCGUGAUCUGUGACAGCUGUUUACAGGCCGUUUAACUUCCUGUGUAUUUAACUUCCCGCUACGUACAGAUUGUUAAUAAAUACAAAACGUUUUUUUAAAAGGUGAAAAAAAAAUAAAAAGGAAUUCAGCAGGCCACGCGGGGCUACGGACUGACAGAGGUCAACAAGGAGGCUUGCUAAAGACUUACUUCUCUUAUUCAUUUAUGCUUUGAAACGAGAUUAAGGGUAUUAAUCAGCUAUUUUGAUUCACAAAAAGUUAAAAUUACAGAAAUGAAAUAAAAAUGUAGUUAUCAAAUUACGGAAAAGGUGUCCUUUAACAGUUCUCUACAUUCUAUUUUCUUGCGUGCUCUAGUAAAUGAUAAUCUGAUUUUUCCGUUCAACUUUUCCUACUGCAAAUACACCAGUACGGUGUUUUAAGCAAUAAUCUUGGUAAUCUUCAAGCCUGUUUUGUUCGUAAUUUUAACAAUAUUUAAUAAUAAUAAAUCUUAACUGAUGACAAAGGGCCAGCUUCCAAUGAGAGAGGCUUUGCAAAACUGAUAAAACCGUGACAAUUCCUCAACGGCCAGCAUUCCAGUGGCAGAGAAAACUUUAACAAGCCUAUUAUAGAAAACUAUUGAAUAAAUAAAAUAGAUUAGGCUAACUAAAGCCCCACCAUACUGAGAAUUUAUACAUUCUUCUCACCACUCAAAAGCGAACGAUUUAAAGGCUUUACUGUCUUUUCUUUCAGUUCAGUUGGCAACAUUGUAACCUAAAAACAAUCGAACUCGUAUAUGAUUAUUACUGAGCAAAAGGUCCAUGGUCGCUGCUAUUAAAACAUAACAGGAGUCCAUGAACAUAAACAUCAAACUUUUGGAACAGCCUACCCUCCGCGGCAGGAUUUAAGGAAAGGAAAGACGAAAUUAAACUGCGCAAAAACGCGCACGACCAUCGCUUCUCGCGCGUACUGAAUUUCUCCUUUCCCAAACCUUCAAAUGCCUGCCAUGCGGGCUAAUGAAUAGCUUAUCCGAUACAUUCAUUUUCCCAGUUAAGAAGUAAAGCACAGGUAAAGAGAUUGUCAAGAAAAUAACGAACAAGAACAAAAGCGGACAAAAGGAGUAUGCAUGGAGAUACCCGCCUACGAGCGGAGGCGUGAACUGGCGUGCGAAACAACCUGCUUUUGGUACCACAGUUCACAUCGCGCUGAAAAUGUAGCCUCUGCUCGCAUGGGAGCUGCAAGUGCCUGUAAAUAAACGUCGUUUUGCGUUGUUUUACUGUAUGUUCGGCAACCUUUCAUAGCGUAAUUAUAAUACACCAGCGGAGUGAAAUAUCAAACUUAAAUUAUUACCGCGGUUAUUAUUUUCUGUUUGCUGUUGUGAAUGUGUGAUGGUUAACAUUACAGGCCAUCUUACGUCUUUAUUUAUUGAGGAAACAAAACGAUGUUUUUACAUAUCACCGUAAUAAUUCGCAGAAAAAGAUGAUGAAAUUCGACACCACAAGGGAAUGUUUCCUUUUUGUACAAAACUGUUACCUAGUUCAGCACAUUUUCAACCUGAGAUCUCGCUAUUUUUUGACACAGGUGCGUGUAUGUAUCACUCAAAGUUUGCCAUGCUCAAAACCUCAAAUAACAUAUUAUCGCUAAAAUUAAAACCAGUAGUUUCUAUUCAAACAUUCAUGUAUAGGGAUUCAAUUCACUAAAACAGUCAAAUGUUAGAUUAAUUUUGUACAUCAUAAUAAAGUGAUACUUUUAAUCCGGUUUCCACACCAAACUCAGAAGUAAUAUAAAAAGAAAACCUCUUUACAACAAUAAGAACUUUAUCAAAAACACAAGCGUUUAAGAAAUAUUGCUUAAUAUGAAAUUACUUAGGAAUUAAGCACGCAAAGAUUGUUUUGAUGGUGACUUAACACGCCACGUGCUCCAACAACACGCGACCAUUGAAACAGGCAUUCACGCCAGAUGGGCGUUUGAGUGACAGCUGUCUAUCAUUACGAAAAUUACAUUCAAAUUCUUGAUCUUAGACCCAAUCGGCUUGUUUACUCGCCAAUAAUUUAUAUAAUUUAAAGCUGUUUUGACUCUUGUGGAUCAUGUCUCUUAAAAUGGAGUGAUAAUUAAUCAAAGUAAUGAGGCAAUUACGUCCUUUGAUAAAAAAGGCAUGUUGUCUUGGUUACCACAAACAAAAAUAAGAAAAGAAAAGCAAAAACAAGAAAACAAUCUCUGUUGCUAUGUUUACACUAUACUAGAUAGUUUUUCGUAACGACGCGAAAAGCUACUAGGUAUGGUAUGAACAUCUAUUCGAUAUGUGACUCUCCACUUUAAAGAUCGACGCGGCACAGCUUCGCUUCGUUACAGAAAUCGCGCCGAAAUCACCGUUCUUUUGUGAACAGAAGCAAUAUCCGGUAUGGUUUUCGUGCGUGCGCAAAAGCAAUCCGGUAUAAUGCGAACAUAGCCUAAAAUGGCGGGCAGUAAAGUAGAAUUUUUGCACGUUGACCAGUUUUGCAUUUGCAGGCAGGCAAGUGUAAAACAAAUAAAUAAAUAAAUAAAAAAUAUAGUAAGAGAGGGAUUUCGUGAAUCUUGGACAUGACAUUUAUUUCCUCGGGAGAAAUAGAGGAGAGAAUUCACCAUCGACUAUUUAGGUGACAUGAUUCACAUCAAUGCCGGUAACAUUUAGAGAUUUCACUCACAGAAUCAAAAGUUAAAACAGUUUUGUACAGCACUAAAAAUAUUGCCUUUAAUGGGCCGAGAGUACUGGUCAGUAGCUGUUUCUUUGAAUGAACAUACUUUGGAUUUUAUGGGAAGAUCAUUCCAAGCUUUUUCAAAACACCAAAACUGUAGCUACCAAAAGAAAUAGCACUGAAAACAUCCCCACACGCACAAAAAGAAAAAUGGAAAAAUUUGAACAUGAAUCAAAAAAGAACGCUGAAUCAAAUAUAUUCACAGUUAGUCCUAAGACCAUUCUUUCAUGAUCUUUUUUUUUCCGUUGCAAUGUCAUAAUGAUAGAUGUUAGCAACAUAGUAUGAUAACAUUAUUUCUUCUUAUUGGUCUUCACAGAUACAAAACCCAAAAAGAAUCAAAUAUAUUCACAUUGAUUUUAUUUUGGGCUCAGUUUGAGAAGACUCAUUUUUCAUGAUUUACUUUUCCUCCAUGUAAUUUGCUUGAAAUUUCACAGCGAUUGAUGUCAGAAACCUAGUUCGAUCUCAGUGACAUUAUUUCUUCUCGUCGGUCUUCAAUUAGCGUUUCUUUUUUAAUAAUGCCAACAGCCUUGGGGAAAAAAGACACUUUAAAAAUACGUAUUCCCUUCGUUUACUUCUUAAUAAUUUACAGCUGAAUUGACAGAGUAUCGGCACAUGAUGACAUAACAUUAAAAGGCGGGAACUUUCCCAGAGGGGAUAUAAAAUGAAAAGUGUACAUUUACUGAUUAGAGAUAUUUACCACAUAUACUUUUCAUUCAAGAUGGUAAAAUACUUGGAAAGUUAUAGAUCAUCCCGUUGCAAAAGAUCAAUCAUUUUCUCGCUAAUCUAAAAUAUACUCGUUGCUCAUGGAAAAAGAUUGCAUUAUUUACAGCAUUAGAAGAGGAUUAUCCUAAGAUACAGGCUUCUGGUUUCUUGCUUAAGAAUAUUUUUUCCUAUGUUCAGACAUCUGAGCAAAUAAUUGUUUAAGAAAACGUAUUUCUUUCUCAUAAUUAUCGCCUCUUAAUUCUUGCAUAGCUUUUGCUUUAUAUUUGAACCGAAUGUUUUUUAACACGUAAAAAGGAUAUAUACGAGAACAAACCGAAAUGAUCCUAAUCGGAAAAUGAACAAAAACUAUGUCAUAUCCUAAAGAAAAAAUGGCAAAAUAUUUCUGGGGAAUUCAAAUUCGUAUACCCUCCAUAACACUGGUUUACACUACACUAUGGCUAUCUCUCGGAACACGUACGAUCACAUGUAUUGCUAAUUGUAAAUGCAGUAUUCUUUGUUGCCUGUAAUUUCUACUGGAAAUUAUUCUCAAAUAGAGUUGGAUGUUUAAGCAAGUAAUAUGAACAUGUUCUUUGUAAGUCAAAUUUGCUUCGUUUUUUCACAUAUGAAAAGGACAUUUUUUAUUUUCCGCGAAGAAAGGCGAGGGAACAAUUAUCCCGGGUUAAUAUGCCAAAGAUUUUGAUUUCGUGGAACACAUUUUUAUUCUUUAUUAACUUUAUAUCUAGCUCAGAGAAAUGAAGAUUUCUCUAAAACGUAUACCUCAAAAAAGGCAAAUUUGCGUCAAUUUAAUUCAUUUUAAUUCUUAAUGUAUUCACAUAUAGCCACUUUAAAAAAUAGGCAAACCAUAUCAAAAUGGACAACACUUAACUACUUGUGGGCGAUCUUUGUAUGUGCCGAAUUUCGGAAGAAACUGGACGAAAAAGUGUGACUUUUCAUCGAGGAAAAAGCUUCAUUUCCCCUCACUGAUACAAAGAAAAAGCAAAAUUUGCAACUGAACAUGCGUAAUUUAACGUGGCAAAAUAACGGAAACUUUGAUGGGAAAUGUCUGUGCUUAUUUACCUGUGGAAUACCAGAAAAAAGCCACGGAACAAAAGAGGUGUUUGUAUUUCCAUAUUUUUUCAUCAAUUUCAAAAGGCGUAUUUUCUUGCAAGAGAGGCGAUGAUCUACCGGAGAUAAUCAAAACAAAGGAUCAAACAAAUGAGUUUUUUCGGUCUUUCUACCAAAAUUAUUUUCAAGGAAACGUUUUUGUUUGAAUUUUCCUCUACGCAGGAAAGUUUUCUUGUGAGGAUUUUACGGGUGGCUGCAAUUUCCUCUACGGUAUCAAAAAACACUUUUUUACGUUUCCCUACGUUAUCAUAACAAAAGUAAAUGGCCCUAGUUUUAUUUGGAAAAAGAGGAGACGGUCUAUAGAAACUAAUUUUAAAAUUGGUUGUGCUUUUUGGGGGGGAGGGUGGGGGAGAGUGCAGAAAGGGAAGUUUCAUAUGCAUGGCCCAUAUAACAACGCUCUUUCCUGCAUGAUACAAUUCGGCGAUUUGCGGUAUUUCAUAAGUUGCACUUUAGUAGUUUUUCAUAAAACUUUACUAUCUUCGAGCACCUUCGGGACUGAAAGGAAUCCACUUAAAAUAAAUAAAGAAUUCACAUUUGGAUAUUUUCCCACACAACUUAAGAUCUUUCGAGCCCCCCUUAAAUCUGGACGUAAAUUGAUCCACUAGAACGAAAGAGAAAAAAAGUAGAAUUUUGGUUUUUUCUUUUCAAAUUUUUAUUAACGCUCACGCAUUAUAACAUAAUCCGUCGCGAGAACACGAGGAGACUUCUCAAAAAUAUGUUUUUAUUUCACUUUUUACUACGCUUUGAAGCGAAAAAAGAGAGCAAAAUAUUAAGCUUUUCCGUAUCUCUUUUCACCUAUUAUUGAAGAAAGCAUUUAUGAGCAGUUAAUAGCCGUCGCAACCACUUAAAAAUUUACAGAGUAGAGUACCUCUUAUUAUAACAUAACAGAGCUAAUGGUUACAUUCAUAUCAAAACCUGCCGCAGGUCAUACUUAAUAUCGAUAAGUUAUGCAACGAAUCUAACCAACGGCCCAGUUCGGAAAAAGAUCAUUGAAAGACGUCGCUACCAUGAAAAUUGCUAAGCUUUUUUUAAUUAUCGAAAGAGCCACAUUAAUAUUUAUCAAGAAAAGCAUGCACAUCUGUACUCAUAACGCGACGAAAAUUUCAUCUUUCGGAAUUGCGACUAUUUAUUCAUAAGUUUGCUUAGGACUCAAAAAGUAGUCUGUUUUUGCAUUAAAAAUAGAGAUGUUAAUCAUCUUUUCUUCUCAAAACUUUUCUUUCUUUUCUUUAGACAACAACACGGCUUUCCCGAAAACUUAUUGAGCAAAAUAAUAAGGAUAUUCUUUCUUUCUCUGAACUUUGCCCCUUUUUUUUCUCACUUCCUACAAUUCGGAAUUAUCAGCAGAACAUUUAAAUGGUUUUGCUCUUAAAAUGAGCUGUGGACACAGAAUUAAAAAGCAGAUUAUUAGUCUGAAAGUCUUAUCUUUAAUUACUCGUUAAUGUGUACAGCAUUUGCUAAAGUAGUUUUUUUUUUAUUUUUCUAUCAAUAGGAGUCAAUUUUUUCCUCUCUUGUUUGUAACCACUUAAGAGGUUGUUUUUAUCUAAACAACGCAUUGGUGUAAGCGCUUGCUUUAGGUUUAGUCUAACUUUACUCAACCUGCGCAGUCUAAAGCGCGUCACAAAACAAAACAUUUUUUAAAAGAUUCCUAAAAAUUCAAAAUGGCAUGUCAAAAAGUUCCGUGCAUUCUGUCUUCUUUCCUUCAGAUCGAAGCGAAUACAAACAAUUUUCCAAGAAGCAUAAUUGUACGCUGGCCGUUAGCCUUUUUCAGUUCCGAACAGUAAAAUGUUUAAAGGUGACUUUUAAAGCAAUUUUUUGAUACUACGUCGACUGAUGGAAAAUGAAGAAUAUGUGUUAAAGUAGUAUUUUUCAUUACUAAUGAUUUUGCCGAAAGCAAAUUCAGCAAUAGAGAAGUGGCCAGUAUUUUUCUUUACACAAAGAAAUCUUGAAAUAAUACAUCCAAGGGAUUGAUACGCGAUCAUACACUAUAGCCUCUGGGAAAAUACCAAAAAUAUACAAAUGCUUGGAGGCCAUAAUUAACAAUUAAUUGACUAAAUCAUUGGAACACGGCGUAAAAUCAUUUUGACCAAGCUGUACUUUUCCCUAUGCCACUUAAAAGACAAAAAAUAUCGAAAACAACUAUCAAUAAUUUGUACAAUGUCUGCUCUGUGUGUGAGAAAAUCAACAAAUCGAUUAAAUUCUCCUCGAGUUUGACAAGCAGGAAAAACGCAAAAUACUUUAGAAAAGACGCAAAUAGACAUAGCAGAAGCAGAAAUUGAAAAAACAAAUAUUUAACACGACUUACUAAAGAGAAGGCGGAGAAAAUAAACAUAGGAAAACAAUUAUGAGAAAAUUCUGAAGAUGGAACAAUUCAAAAUAAUUUUCUUCCUUUUCCCUCUUUUUUUUAAGUGUCCAGCUCUCAAGUCAUAAGGAAGUCAUCUGAACCCGGUUUCGUGAGAAUAACUCCGCGAAAAAAAAAAACCUUUUUUUAGCUUGAGGCGAUUUAGCGCCGACUGAGAAGUUAAUCACUUUAAUAACGCGUCGAACGCAAGAUUCCAAACAGCACCGCUACAUUAAACGAAAAACGUCCAUCGAAAUUAGUCGCUGAAGGAAAGGUAAAAAUUACACUACUCAGCUUGUCUUAGCACGGAUAAACUAGUAGAAAAUAACCGGUAAGAGCUAAUGAAAAAAUCACCAUUUAAUGCCAUCGUAUAAAAUAUUUUUCCACAGAAAAAUCUUAUAUAUCAGUUUCAAGUGAACUAUUACUCAGUGCGAAACUUUUUCAUUUCGUUUAACACACAAACAGCCCUUGCUGUGAAAACGAAAACAUGAGGUGGUUAAAAAGAUGUUUUAUUUAUGAACAUGAAAAAGAUACUUUAUGCUGUUCCCGUAAAAGUUUCCGUGUUAUGUGUAAUCUAACGCAAAUUUUAAUGGCCACAAUACUUCUGCCUUUAUGCGAUCAUGUAAAAUAUCGAGUUUGCCUAUCAUUUCGUUUUACCGACAAGACUGAAUCAACCGCCAACUAGGAUUCGUUAAAAUUUUGACAUUAAGAAGUAAACUGAAGAAUGAUGUAUACUUAUCCGCCUAGGCAGAAAUACUAGGUAUUUCUUAUCGUUUUCCACAUCACCAAGAUUUUACUAAUUCGUUGUUAAAUUGCAAUUUAUUUCAUUACUUUUCUGGUUAAAUUUAUGCCUGUCAACAUAUUUUUCGAUUUUCUAUUAACGGUUUUGUCAAGGUCAUACUGAUAGAACAUUCCGCUUUUCAAGAGAGAGAAAGUAAUUGGUUGUAGAUAAGGCCAGUCACAAAUGGAAUAGCAGAGUGAUUUCUUGUCUUAAUGACCAACAAACUUUCAUUCUACUCCUAUAUUUCCCGAAACAGGUGUUGUCCAGAAUGCCUAACGUUUCAACAUUUUGCAGGACGAAAAGGAGAACGUUAAAAUUCUAAAAUAAAAAAGUUCCUAACUGUCAUUCUUUCCGCAAUUUCUAACGUUUUAAGCCAUACUCUAACUUACUUGAAAAUAAUCAUUUUCCACUCUUUCUUGUCACUUGUGGUUUUAUAAAGCAAUAUUAUUCACUUCCUUCCUUCGAGUGCUCUGAGACAGCCAUUUCAAUGCCUCCGCCGUUUAGUCUGUUUACCGAAACUAUUCCACGCGAAUUAUUAUGUUAGCCUUUUCAAUCCAAACGAAUAUACCAAUUUAAUGUCAAAACCACGAUUCAUAACUACUGUAUUCUCGAUGCUUAUUAGCAUGUCCUUUGUACUGACGGCGAAUUUUACUUGCCACAAAUGCAAAUUGACGAAACUAUAGGUCGUAUUAGCGAACAAAUCGCUUCAUUCUACAUCUAUUCUGUGCGGGGUAAACAUUCACUGCUGCCUUUUUUUCAAUAGUCAUUUCAACGGCUUUUCCAUUGUCCGUUGUUAUGAAAACUGGAGGUCGCCAGAGAUGGAAUGAAUUUCGCCGCCACGGGACGGCAGAAUACUCGCGAUAACUGGUAUCCCGCUAUGCGAUUAAGGUGAUAAUUUUUAAAGAUUGCUCUAGAUCGUUGUAAUUCUAAAAUAUUUUGUAUUUGCAAACAAGAAAGUGUAAAUUCACUGCUAAAUGUUAUCGGACGAUUCUUUUCUAUUCCAGUUAUCGCGUCGGCAAUAAAGAUUGCUUUAUUCGGGUUUUUAGAGCAUAGCCAAGUAAAAAGAAUAAUGCUUUAGUAUUCUUUUUAGGUGAUAACACAAUUUUUAAAACAAUUUUGUUCAACACUCACAGAAAAGAAAACAUAAAGUGCGCGAGCGUUCCUUAUCAGAAAAAGGGAAAAUAUUCCUCAAUUUGUCUGCAGGUCCUUAUAAUCUCGCCCAGGAUCUAGGACUUAAAAAUUCAUUUUAAAAUUUAAAUUGCUUUUCUCGAAUACACGACAGGUGGGAUGUAACCUACAUCUCUGCGCCGCAAGCAAUGUUUCAGGAGUAUGUUUAUUUUCUGUCAAGUGAUCGCCUUAUACCGAUCUCAAUCCAGGGACUUUUGUUAAUUCAUUGGACAAAGUUUAUUUACACAAUCCGCAAAAAAAGUAUCACAGUAUUUCAAGGAUUACUGACAAUAAAUAAAGAGUAAUAUAUAGUAUUUUUCGGUGGAGUAGCUUAUUCGAAAACCAAUGAGUUUAAAUUUUUAUGGUUAGCCUCGAGCUAUUGCAACGUUUUUUAAUUGGAAGUUAUACGUUUUUAGGGAACGCUGGGUUUAACCCCUAUCGUAAGCUUUCUAAUUAUGAAGAAAUAUCACGGGUGGGAAAAGUCUUUUCCUGCUAGUUCAAUCGACAAUUGAAGUUGUCGAUACUCAUCUAAAACAAAGGGUAGGAAAGAAAACAAAAGCCGAUCUCUUGGUAAGCCUUUCUUCCUUUUGUAAAAUAUUCAUCUUCUAACUUCUCGCUAUCUCGUGGUAAAUUAACAGUGGGGGAGGAAGAAAUUUUCAACUUUUCCCAAUUAGAAAUGGUUUACAGCUAAAUCCUUUUCCUUAUAUUUUUGUGGCUGUAACAAUUGGACUACAGUCCGCAGUAAAUAACAUAAUUAAAGCCGGGUUUUGUCUGCUCAUUAGAAAUGUAAACAGAAGGGAAAUUUGCUCGAAUUCAAACAAACGCGAGUGGCGUUUCUUUGCAAAUAAACUUUGUGUCCACUGGAAAUAGAACCGUUAUUAAUCAACCUAACACCCACAGUUUUCACACCAGAAUUUUCAAGGUGAUCAAAAAGUGCUUGAAUCCCAUGGAAAUGCCCAAAUAAAGAAGAACAGCGCUUAGUUUGCAGGAGUCUCGCUGGGCAGAAAUAAACAGAAAUUCAAAAACACUUCUCUGUUAUUUGCGACGCGGACACGCUUAAAGAAAAGUAUAUGUUUAAAAUUUCGGCCCAGACAAUAGCGAUCACAAUGACCACAAUAAAAUUUGCCAAUUCUCAAUUCAGAAAUAUUUAUCUAGCGGUGCAAAUCGACUGUAACCAAAGUUCUUAAUGACUCUGCAAAUACUACGGUCUAUCAUCAGAUAGAAUCUAAUUUAUCAGUGUUUUUUCGGAGUUAAUGCAAUCAAGGAGGAAAGUGCGCUAGCUUCCGACCCACAUCGAACACGAAAAAAUAAACGACGAAAAAUUUACCAAUGUUUUGCCCUCUUAGUUUUUUGAUCCCUGAUUACAAAAGACCAAGACCACUAAACCACUGUUAGAAAAGCUCUUUUCUCUUUAUAUUUAUUGUGCCGUUGAAAGAAAACCAAUUGACCUCGAAGAUCCGAAGUUCGUGGCGAUUAUUCGCGAAACGGAUAGCACAAUGCGUCUUUCAUUAUGCAAAUUGAUUCUAGGGGUCCAUUAAAUAGAGAAAAGCUGAAAAGUUUGUAAAUCUCUUUAAAAAAAGCGACAAUGACGCAGAGAAAGGCAAGGUAAGCCUCUAAUGAAACACGUGCAAAUCGAACAAUAGCGAAUGCCGCAGAUGGGGUGAAGGUAUUGAGCGGAAAACAUUAUUAUAUUGAAAUACUUUGAAAGGCGCACCUGCGUGGCUCGCGCAGGUGUCGAGUGCUAUCAUUAGAGGAAAGUUUGAAUGAGAGAACAAACACAACGAAACUUGCAAUAACUCAGCGCUCAUCGCGAUUUAAUCCCGCGAUAAGUAUUUCGCACUUUGCGAAAGCUCUUGUCCGCCUGUAAAUAGCGACUCUCGGAUGCCAACCGAAAGAUUUUGCCUCAAAGCACGUGCUUGAAAGAGCACGGCGCAAGGGCUUACCGCCGAAUUUUCCUGCGCGUUGAUUGGCCGAGAGCGGAAAUAUGCAUAAUUCAAACGCAAAUAAUUAACACCUAUUGUUUACUUCUCGUAUUAUUAUUGAAAUGAAAUAUUAGCAUUGUCCUAUUAUAUCAUUAUAGCCAUCAGCCAUAAUCACGCCUGGAGCAGUACCGUAGCAGUUGAGCCGGCCGACCAAGUGAAUAACUGGCCGAGGUUGCUCCUUUGAAAGCAGUUUGACUGAACUCGACGUCGCGUGAAGAUCAACUCACUUCAACUCUUCAGAUAACUUUCAUCACUCCGAUUAGCAAGUGACACCGCAAGCAUGGGCAAGCAAGAAGAAGGACAUAUUAAGAGACCCAUGAACGCUUUUAUGGUGUGGAGUCGUGGAAAGAGAAAGCAGUACGCGGCGAUAAAUCCGCGAAUGCACAACUCAGAAAUUAGCAAACGGCUCGGAGCAGAGUGGAAAAUGCUCUCGCAAGAUGAGAAAGAGCCGUUCGUGGCCGAAGCGAAACGACUACAGGCAAUCCACAUCCAGGAACACCCGGACUAUAAGUACAAACCGAAGCGACGCAAACCCAAAUCACUGCAAAAGAAAGACCUAUCGGCUCCGAUGUUUUCACCUUACAGCGCCCCGAUGAUGGCGGUUGAUAAAUUCUCAACGAAUCAAUUGCCUCAAACAAUAGCUCAUUCAACGGCUUUGUCCGCCGACCCAAUGUAUUCCAAAAUAAACGGAGCAGCAGCAUUUCACCACUCCGUUUCACCAGGGUAUCCUGUCAUCUAUCCGAAUGUGACCGCAGUUAACAGUCAUCACUCAGUUACACAACCAUCGCGUCAGCUUUUCGCUGGUUCCUUGGACUCCACACAUUCGUUCCGCGCCGCGGAUGUCAUGAGUCACAACCGAGCGCUUUACAGCAGUCAAGCUUUCCAAUCUGCUCUUCCCUCACCAAUGCAGCAGAGAAUUUCUAGCGUGGACGAAACACGCGGCGCUUCGGUCACCGGUGGAUCACCCAGCCCAACGGCAUCGAGCAGUGAAGCGCCGAGCAAAUCUACUGGAUAUACAGUCUCCACGGCGGACCUAAGCGGACAGCGUGUAUCGGGCGUUUGGCAACCACAGCAGGACUUGUCCAGGCCAGUGGCUUAUGUCCCGGUAUUGCUUUAAAUUUCUAUCUAUUUCUGCCACACCUUUCAAUUUUAGGGAAACUGAUAGAGUGAUAAAAUUAGGGACUUAAUCAUCAAAGUGACUUCACGACAAAUCUUGUCAGCGUACGUAACACUUUUACUCAAUGAAUUUAUAAUCGCGAGUGCAGUGCAAGUUUGCUCGAAUGUUUUCGUUAGUUUGUAUUCUUUUCCGUUAGCGUAAAGUAUAUUAGUGUUCGACGGUAUAUUAGGACCAUACUUUAAUAGGCCUUUAAAACGCCUAUUCAGUUUGGUCUAGUUCAAUUUUCUGUAUUCUUUAUAGCAGCAAAUUUCCGUUUCCUACAAAGAGCGCGGGCUUGUGAUAAAUGCGGUUUAAUGAGGGACAAUUUCUAGUUUACAAUGAAAAUAAUGACUUUCUUCUGACAAACGGUACAAUACCUCGAUUAACAUAAAGUAACAGAGCAAAUCUCGCUACAAACUUCCAAUUUUAUGCUGUAGCGUAAAAAAUCUUUGAGCUGAGGCUUGCUAAAAUCGCUGAAGCGAAAUCGAAAACAGUCCUAAUUUUCAGUGCCUUCCCUAAUAUAUGCACAACGCUGCUUGCAUGCGUAUGUUGCGAACAAACAACAACUUCAUAAAGAAAUUAUUUUAUCUCGAAGGAAGCGCUUGAAGUUGGUCAUAGAUCAGUCCAGAUUGAGCGGGUUAUAUUUGACACUAGAUCUACGGCCUAUAUAAACCAACAAUGCUCUAAUCUUCGGUCUCAAACUUACAUUCUGUUUAGGUCAUUGUUAUGCAAAGAUUGUAAUUCACUUAAUGCGAUAAAACAAGUGGACACGUCAAGGAACAGAACAAAACAAUUUCUAAAUAUCUCCGUUGAACCUACUCUUUGAGCGUGAUCAAUAAGAUAGUACUGUUUACAUAAAGUUCGUCGCCUCAACUGUUAACAUCCAAGCCUGCGCUCGAAGCGAAACAAGCGAGAGAUCACCUGAAAUAUUUAUUUUUCCACUUUUUUGAAUAUUUAUAACUGCGGUGUGAUCAAACGCUUAGUUUGUCAUUUAAUAAGAGAGUUUCGCUGAAGUUCAUUUCGCCGAGAUUGAGAGUUGAUUUAUAACAGUAACUCGUACAAGUUUUAAUCGCAUACCCUUUAGUUUCAAGUAACACGAGUAGUUCACUUUCAGUAUUUCUCACUGAGGGCUUUUUGUUUUUGUCAAAAUUGCAAAUUUUAAGAACUAACCCACAUGCCAAACGCAUGGCAGAACAAGGCUAUUUAAUUAAUGCCUCAGCAAACCAUUCGCAUGCCAGCUUCGACAAGUAAGCAGAGAGCCAAAUUCGCUGCUCUACUUGUUUCACUGUUUAAAUAGACACACAGUGACCUAAGAGCUUGGGAUUACCCAUGUUUCGAGGCACAUGGCCAAGGACUUUAGUAAAUUGAAAUUAAUUUACUGAAUUGACUCUACACCAUAUUCGCUUUAUAAAUUAAUGAGCUUUUUUAACAUAAAUUGUGUUGAUUGUAGAUCCUAAAGUCACCUAACACUGUACAUAGAGAUUGACGCCUUCAAAUUUAAAUGAAUCG